AUGUUCGCAAAGAUCGUCGUCGUUUUGGUUCUCGUGGCUCUCGCUGUGGCUGCUCCGUCACAACCUGUGUACAGCUCUGCCCCUGAGCCCACAUACGAGGAACCUACCAAGCAUGACUUCAACUAUGCGGUAAGGGACGACUACUCUGGCAACGACUUCGGCCACCAGGAAGCUCGCAACGACUACAACACCCAGGGAACUUACUAUGUCCUCCUUCCUGACGGUCGUCUACAGAAGGUCACCUACACUGUCAACGGCGACUCUGGCUACGUAGUUGAGGUCAGCUAUGAGGGUGAGCCCCUGUAUCCUGAGUACAAGCCUACCCCUGUCUACGAACCUGCUCCUGCCUACAAGCCUGCCCCUGUUUACGAACCUGCACCUGCUUACGAACCUGCACCUGCCUACGACCCUGCACUUACCUACGAACCUGCCCCAGUCUACACGCCUUCUCCAGCCUACGAACCCGCUCCUUCCUACAAGCCAAUUCCGGCCUACGUUUAAUUUAUAUUGUACGUCAGCUACUAUCUAUUUUUAUUAAUAAAUACAGUACAGUAUCUCUUCCAGUUCCUCUAGAACCUCCUUAACAUCUAUGAUUAGUGCCAACAAGAGUGUAACGUUUUUAAU